GUGCAUAAUUUACCUUACGGAUCUUCAUACAAUCUAUUCCAAAUCAUCAUGAUCGAACUUCCGUGACGAGGUCUAGGAUUCUGGCAUGCAGACGAGCCCGGGAGCGCCGAUCUCUAUGGAUCUGAGUUCUAUGACACUGCUUGUGCUGGCCUCGCUCGGGUUUCCGCAACAGGCAAAGCCCGUCAAGGAUUACCCUUUCAUGCUUAUCUGCAAAUUGCAUAUGGCGCUAAUCAUGUAUUGGAAGCACAUUUACUUGAACACCAGCUCAGCUACUAGCCCUUCUGCCCCCGCCCCCGCCCCUUUCAUUUUGAAGGAUGUCCUAUAGCUCGGAACAUAAAGCGCACUAACCGGCUCGGCAUGGCUUGUCGUCUUUCAGUGGGAGCCAAGAUCUACUUAGGGUUCCUGUGUCGCAGCUAGGCAUAUAUCCGUCCAUCACCACCUGAUGCAAACGGCACACGUGCAUUCCCUUGUUUGACUCAACAUUCGCCUACGCACCAGCUAUGUCCAGCCCUUCGCCUUCCAGUGAUCAACCUCAAUCUCGCAAUCGCCCUGGCUCUGCAUGCGCAGAAUGCCGUCGCCGAAAGAUGCGCUGUGAUGGGAAUCAUCCUCAAUGCAUUAAUUGUUCUAACGCGGGCAUAACAUGUGUCUUUAACCCGCAGCCUACCCGCCGGGGUCCCAAGAAAGGCCAUCUGAAAACCUUGCAGGUGCGUAUCGCGAAUCUCGAGAAUAUACUGUUUGGACAGACACAAGAUCCCGUGUCCGCAGACACAUCCACAAGCGGUGAUGUUGCUGCGCAACCCACAGUGCAUGGCUGGACUGGGGAGCCCCAGUUAAAUGUACUUCUCAACGAGUUCAACGCCCCUGCGGGAGCACCAAGCGUAGGGACAGUGCCGGUUUCGAACUUAUUACAUGCCGAACUUGACCAGUUGUACUUUGAUCGUGCACACGUUUUCGUUCCCAUUCUCAACGCACGGCGCUACCUUUCCUGGACCAGGGAUUCCAACAAGUCUGUAUCGAGAAGAUGCUUGCAGUACGCCAUGUGGACGAUAACUACAUCCAUGUCUGCCCAGCUGGAGCAUCUAUGCGAGCCCCUAUACCAGUGUGUUCGGCAGCUCCUCGGCUAUCUACAACUAGUAGAUGGAGAUUCCGAAAUUGACCAAAUAGAGCAUGUUCAGGCUUUACUGAUACUUGCUGUUUACGAAUUCACUCACCAUAACUUCCGUCGCGGGUGGGUGAGCGCCGGUCAGGGCAUCCGACUUGUGCAGCUGAUGGACCUGCACAAGCUUGAUCUUGAUAAGGGGGACAAUACAGGAUCUCACCAAGCAAACCCAUUCGAGGACCUUGUCUGGGCGGAGGAGAAGCGUCGUGUCUUCUGGGUAGCGUACAUUCUGGACCGACUUAUCUCCUUGAGACACGAGAGCCCGCUGACCUUUGACGAGCGAAUUAUUGCGACACGAUUACCCGCGAAAGAGGAGACCUUCCAGACAGGUCAGCUAAGCCAGAUGACGGGCUUUCUCUCGAAGACCAUCGUUGAAGAUAGACCUCUCCUCAGAGCAGAGCUUUCGGAAAUGGUCAUUCUAGCUUCACUUUGUGGGAAGACGGUAUUGCAUCGACAGCAGGCAGAAGCUGAGCAAGCCGACAGCGGCAUAUCCAACAGCUUCUGGGAGCGACAUCGCUGGCUAGACGCUGUACUAGUCAAGAAGAGUCGGACCAUCUCGGCAGUCCAGUCAGUUACGCCCACUUUGCCAGCCGAACCGGUGUCUCUCACCCCUAAUCUUAUGAUACAAUCGGCUAUUCUAUACCACUGUAUGACGCUGGAGCUAGUGGCUCGUGCGACUGAGAAUAGCGAGACGCUGCGACAAUGUCGACAGCGGGCGCUCCUAACUGUACAGGAGAUUAUUCGCCUGACAGAGGCGGUGUUACAGCUGAGUUACUUCGAGAUCUCCCCGUUCACACCGCUUCCCAUACUUCUCUGCGCCCAAGUGCUCAUGAUGUAUCAAGAAACAGAUGCCUCGUGCGUGCUGCAGCUGCAGGAAGUUUUAGGUAUGGUGCAAAAUUUGGCGAAUAAUAAUUAUCUUUGCCGGGAAUGGGUUAAUCAACACUCUGAUCUGUAUGAUCUCGAACCCGACUUUGUCCUUGCUGAGGAGGAGAGCCAUGGUUAGGUUUGUCGAUAUUGUACAUACAUCUUUUAUGGAAAGCUGCUCAGCCUUAUACGCUACGGGAUCCGGAAGCUCGCUUGGGUUGGCCUUGUGACGUGCAGUACCAUGACGAAAAUGGCUCACGGUGAAUGUGCAGCCAAUGAAGGUAGUUGAGGCGUGGGACUGCCGGAUCGCUAAGAGAUCGGCUC